AUGGGGAGGCGACUAGGGUUGAAGUGGCGUCCAUAUUUAAGAGCCCUCCACUAUUUCAAACAGAUUUUAGCGCCACACAUCUGUGUCUGUUUUGAGGCAGAAUGAAAUUCGCGGUGAAGGCGUGGAGCAACUGCAAGGCGCGCACCGGAUGUCUACAGCUCGGAAACUGCCCUACCGCCAUUGAUACUCCUGCUUUACUUCUCUCUACUUGUAAAGGACUGCCUAAUUUCAUCUCUCCUGAUCUUCUUCCGUCUCUCCCUUCCCCUGAUUCUCACCUCCUCCAGUUCAGUCCUCUUCACUUCUUGGAAGGUCCUUCAUUGAAAACGAUAUCAAGUAUUGGAGGGCUGCAGCAUUUACUUGGGUUACAUGAAUAUGUAUUUGCAGCAGUAGCAAGGGAUUCUGUUCAGUGCCUUCCAGAAUGUAAUGCUUCCAAUAAAUUUGGAGCAUCUUUUGAGACUACUUGUGGUCGUCGUUUGAUAAAACCUGUUGAGUAUGUUGAAUUGAUUUCGUCCAUGAGACCAGACAUUUGGGCCUCCUUGGCUGAUGAAGUGCCAUCGUGGGUUUCAGAUAAAAGGAAUAAAACAUCAGUGGAUCGAACUGUGAGAUGGCUCGAUGAAUGCAUCAAUUUGAACUCAACAGGUGGGGCUAUUUUUGGAGCUAUUGUUGGAGGCAAUGAUAUGGAAGAACGCCAAAGAUGUGCUUUAGAGGUGGUUAAGCGUAAUGUAUCAGGCUAUUGGAUUGGAGGUUUUGGGCUUGGAGAGAGCAUAGAUGAGCGUCCUGCCCUACUUGAUGCUGUUACGGAUGUCUUGCCAGAGGAAUUGCCACGUAUGAUUUGUGGGCUCGGACUUCCAGAGGAGAUCUUGCAGGGUAUUGCUGCUGGAGUCGAUCUCUUUGACUCUGCGUACAUAUAUCACUUGACCCUUGGAGGCUUUGCUCUCACCUUCCCACUGAAUGGAAUUGCGGAGAAACGGCCUGACACGCACCUGAACGACGAUGCAAGUGAUCGGACAAAAAUCAACUUAAGAGCAACACUUUAUCGGAAAGAUACAUCACCAAUUCUCGAGGGGUGUAACUGCUACGCUUGCCUGAAUCAUACCAAGGCUUAUAUAAAUCACUUGCUAAAUGUCCACGAAAUGCUGGCUCAAAUACUGCUGGAGAUACAUAAUACUCAUCAUUAUUUAGGAUUCUUUCGAUCAAUCAGAGAAGCAAUCAAGGCAGGCAAAUUUCAGCAAUAUCAUCAGAAAUUCGUUGAGGGUAGGCGCAAUCAUCUAGCCCUGCCAGCCGCAGCAAUCAACUCAUGACGAGCUCAUCAAAUAAGUAAUUUGAAUAUUGCCAACAAUGUUUUGUUUUACCGAACAAUUUUAUCAACUGAUCAUACUAUAUAUUCGGGGCAAGUACAACUGGUCACACUCUAAAUCUUCAUCCUCAGAAUUCCCUCGUUUGUAUGAUCUAAUUGAAGAUAUGGUCUAUCUAGCAUUCAAGUUCUUUUGUUGAUCUUGUAAAACUAAUAUUACAUUCAACAUACUCAUCAAUAGGGAUUUAGGACAUAAUAUUUAAGAAUGCAA